AUGACUCAAGGCGUGGCUAAGGAUUUUUCCUACCUUUACAGUGAUGAGACCAAAGGUCGUACUCCAUCCCAAUUGAAGACGAUUAUUCACUACUUCAGCGAUCCAAACUUGAUCUUUUUGGGUGGUGGUUUGCCAAUGUCAGACUACUUCCCAUGGGACAACUUGAGUGUUGAAUCACCAUUGCCUCCAUUCAAGAACGGAAUUGGCGCAAAGCCUUCCGGUGAGAGCUCAGACACCUGCCAUGUUUCGAUCACCAAGGACUUGAAAGAGUCGCAAGCCGGUAUCGACAUUCCAUUGGCCAGAUCCUUGCAAUACGGUCACUCUAAGGGUCAACCUGAGGUGAUGAAGUUCUUCAAGGACCACCAUGAGAUGAUCCACGACAUGCAAUACGAGGACUGGGACAUUUGCGCUACCGUUGGUAACACUGGUGCCUGGGAAUCUACUUUGAGAAUCUUCUGUAACAGAGGUGAUUCGAUCUUGGCUGAAGAGUUCGCAUUCUCUUCCUCCAUUAGUGCAGCCGAGGCUCAAGGUGUGACCUUGUGUCCUGUUCCAUUGGACGAACACGGUAUCAUUCCAUCGAAGUUGGAAGAAGUGUUGGACAACUGGGCUGCAGGUGUGCCAAAGCCAAAGUUGCUCUACACCGUGCCAACUGGUCAAAACCCAACCGGAUCCUCUUUGUCCUUUGACAGAAAGAAGGAAAUUUACCGUAUCGCACAGAAGCACGACUUCAUCAUUGUUGAAGAUGAACCAUACUACUUCUUGCAAAUGGAAAAGUACGAGAAGGAUCCUUCCAAGAGAGUUGAGAAGUCCUACUCUAAUCACAAAGAAUUCAUUGACAGCUUGGAGAAAUCAUUCGUUUCCAUUGACGUUGAAGGGCGUGUGAUAAGAAUGGACUCUUUGUCCAAGGUCUUGGCACCAGGUACUAGAUUCGGUUGGAUCAUCGGUUCCAAGGAUAUCUUGCUACAAUACCUACGUCUACAAGAAAUGACCAUCCAGGCUCCAGGUGGUUUCACCCAAUCGAUUAUAGCUGGUACCUUGAAUCGUUGGGGCCAAGAGGGUUACAUCGACUGGUUGAUCGGUUUGAGACACGAAUACACCAAGAAGCGUGACUACUGUAUUGACGCCUUGCACAAGUACCUACCAAAUGUCGACUUCAUCACUGUCAACCCACCAAUCGCUGGUAUGUUCUUCACCGUUGACAUCGAUGCAUCAAAACACCCAGAAUUCACCACUACAUACAAAUCAGACCCUAAGCUUGUGGAGAAAGCCAUCUUUGACAAGGCUAUCGCAUCUGGUGUCCUUGUUGUUCCAGGUAACUGGUUCAAGGUCGAAUCUUUGACCAACGGUAAGCAACCAGAAGGUUUCGUCAAGCCAGCAGAAUCCUCUGUUAUUUUCUUCAGAGGUACCUACGCUGCCGUCCCAUUGGAAAAGAUGGCUGAAGGGUUGCAUAGAUUCGGUGACAGUUUGUACGAAGAGUUCCAAAUCUCUAGGUAA